AUAGCACGAGGACCCCAUGGGGCUCUCUAGCCACAAGCAUGCUUCAGACAUGGUUGGUGCUUGGAAAUCUCAUCAAAAUAAUUUCAUCACGUUGUCUGCAGCUAGCUGCAACAACGUUGCAUGCAGAACACUCAUGGCCUUGUCCCCUGGACAGCACUCUUGCUAAUAGCUACACACAACCCACAUUGAGCCCUCUUUUCCUUCUACUAUAAAUCCAUGGCCUGCUCAACAUAACUCCUUCAUCUCGUCUGCAACUGCAAGCAACAUCGCAAGCUGCACCACACCUCUGGAUUUUUAGAGCCAAAGUGAAAUUUGACCAAGCCAAGAAGGAAUAAACCAUGAUCCAUCCAAAGAAGCUUGCCCAGCUGGCCAGGAAGUGCCAUACGAUGUUGGCGGCCGGAGCUGGUGCCCACCGGCAGGCCACCAACAUGGUCCCCGAUGAGUGCUGCAGCACGGUUGCCAACGAGGGUCACUGUGUGGUAUACACUGCUGACGGGGCACGGUUCAAGGUCCCUCUGGCGUAUGUUGGCACAACAGUCUUCGGCAAGCUCCUGCGGAUGUCUGUGGAGGAGUUUGGCUUUGUGAACGGUGACGGAGGCAGGAUCAUACUGCCCUGUGACGCGGCAGUGAUGGAGUACGUCAUGUGUCUGGUCAGGAGAGAGGCCCCUGAGGAGGUUGUGAAGGCGUUCCUAAGCUCCAUUCCUGGGCAUUGCCACAGCCAGAGUGCCAACUAUGUGGCGCCAUCAAUGGGACUCACCAAUCAGUUUGUUUGUGCUUAAUUAGCUGCUAGCUUAGCUUACUGAAAUAUGUUUCUGUAGAAUCAGAUGUUUUCUAGGACCACGGGGAGCUUUACCCAAUGUGAUGUAAGAUUUUAAUAUCACAGGAAAUUGUGCAAAUGAUUUGUUUUGCCGCCCCAAA